GCAUCUUGUAACCAACCAACAAACCAUCCAUCCAUCAUCAGUCAGUCCAUCAUUCCCCUCUAGAUCGAUCCAUCCAUCCACAUCUCCAUUGAUUCCGGCGAGCGGAUCCAUUGAUUCCGGCGGCCAUGAUAUCGUGGCACGACCUCUACACGGUGCUGUCGGCGGUGGUGCCGCUGUACGUGGCCAUGGCGCUCGCCUACGGCUCCGUCCGGUGGUGGGGCGUCAUCACCCCGGACCAGUGCGGCGGCAUCAACCGCUUCGUGGCCGUCUUCGCCGUGCCGCUGCUCUCCUUCAAGGUCAUCUCCGGCACCGACCUCUACGCCAUGGACCUGCGCUUCGCCGCCGCCGACACGCUCCACAAGUGCGCCGUCCUCGCCGCCCUCGCAGCCUCCGCCCGCUUCUUCCCUGGCUCCGGCGGGAGCAGGCUCGACUGGCCCGUCACGUUCUUCUCCUUCGCCACGCUGCCCAACACGCUCAUCAUGGGGAUCCCGCUGCUGGUGGCCAUGUACGGCAGCCAUGCCGGGGAUCUCAUGGUCCAGCUCGUCGUGCUCCAGUGCAUCGUCUGGUACACUCUCUUGUUGUUUCUCUUCGAGCUCCGGGCCGCCAGGGCUCUCAUCUCUGCCGCUGCCGCUGCUGCCGGCGCCGGGGGCCGCCGAGAGCGCGUCGAGUCCUUCGUGGUCGAUCCGGACGUGGUGUCGCUCGACGGCAGCCAUGCCGAGGCGCAGGCCGAGGUCGCGCCCGACGGCAGCAUGCGGCUCACCGUGCGCCGGGCGUCGGCAUCGGCGUCGGCGUCGCGGAGGUCGCUCAUGGCGGGCGGCGUGGGCGCGGCCACGCCGCGCGCGUCGAACCUGACCGGCGUGGAGAUCUACUCGGCGUGCUCGUCGCCGAGGGUCUCGCUCGGUGCCCACGCCGACCUAACCGCGCACCCGGCUGCGCCGGCAUCGGCAUCGGCAUCGGCAUUGCGCGCGUCGAGCUUCGGCGCCGCGGACCUGUUCUCGCUGCACUCGUCGAGGCAGCACACGCCGCGGCCGUCGGCGUCGGCCAGCUUCGACGAGCGGAACCCCAGGGCGACUGCCGCCGUUGCGCCCGUCAACGACGACGACGGCGCCGGGGACGACGACAGAAAAAACAGCGACGCGCGCGUGUUGGACUGGAGCUCCGGGGCGUCCGAGGUCAGCGGGCUGCCGGUGUUCCGCGCCGGCGUCGGCAGGGACAGCGGCCGCCUACGGUUGCAGCCCAUCGGCUCCGGCUCCUCCAGAAUGAUCCGGGCGGCGAGGGGACCGGCACCGACGUGUGCCAAGCCGGAGGCCGCAGUGCAUGAGGCCGUGGCGAAGCUGGAGGCCGGCUUGGCGAAGACGACGACGGAUGAGCGGCAGAAGCAUGAGCAGCAGGGAGUGGCGAAAGACGGCGGUGCGGGGCAGAAGAUGCCGCCGGCGGGGGUGAUGACGCGGCUGAUCCUGACGAUGGUGUGGCGCAGGCUGAUCCGGAACCCCAACACGUACGCCAGUGUCGUCGGCCUCACCUGGUCGCUCGUCGAGUUCCGAUACAAGAUCGCCAUGCCGGCCAUAGUGGCCAACUCCAUCUCCAUCCUCUCCAACACAGGCCUGGGAAUGGCCAUGUUUAGCCUGGGGCUGUUCAUGGCCAUGCAGCCCAAGCUCAUCGCCUGCGGCCAUACCGUGGCGGCCACCACUUUGGCCGUCCGCUUCCUCUUCGCCCCGGCCACCAUGGCCGCCGCCGCCGCCACCGUCGGCCUCCGCGGCACGCUGCUCCGCGUCGCCAUCGUCCAGGCCGCGCUGCCGCAAGGGAUCGUACCCUUCGUGUUCGCCAAGGAGUACAAUCUCCAUGCCGCCGCUCUCUGCACCGGGGUCAUAUUUGGCAUGCUAAUAGCUCUCCCCAUCGCCUUGGUCUACUACAUUAUUCUUGGGCUGCUGUGAUUGAUUGAUUGAUUGAUGACUGUCCAUGGAUGGUCCGGAUUUACUAGCAGUGCUUUAAUUAGAGCAGAGAGUCAUUCUUUUCCUUUGAGAAAUUUUGAGCACUGCCCGU